CCCAGCUCGGGCAGCGCUUCCAGCGCGCUAUUGCCCCGAUUCCUCGGCCUCUGGUCGCCUCGGGCUGCGGGUUGCGGGCUUCGGUUCCGGAGGCAGGUCAGGCCGGCUGCGAUGGCACCCAAGGUGACCAUGGAGACUGGUGGCCUUCCACUUGAGCUGUGGCGCAUGAUCUUAGCCUACUUGCACCUCCCUGACCUGGGCCGCUGCAGCCUGGUGUGCAGGGCCUGGCACGAACUGAUCCUCAGUCUUGAUAGCACCCGCUGGCGACAGCUGUGCCUGGGCUGCACUGAGUGCCGUCACCCCAACUGGCCCAACCAACCUGAUGUGGAGCCCGAGUCUUGGAGGGAGGCUUUCAAGCAGCACUACCUUGCCUCCAAGACCUGGACCAAGAAUGCCCUGGACUUGGAGUCCUCCGUCUGCUUCUCUCUAUUCCGCAGGAGGAAGGAGCGGCGGACCCUGAAUGUCGGGCCAGGCCAUGAGUUUGACAGCCUGGGCAGUGCCUUAGCCAUGGCUAGCCUCUAUGACCGCAUUGUGCUGUACCCAGGUGUGUACGAGGAGCAAGGUGAAAUCAUCCUUAAGGUGCCUGUGGAGAUUGUGGGCCAUGGGAAGUUGGGCGAGGUGGCCCUGCUAGCCAGCAUCGAUCAGCACUGCUCGACCACACGCCUGUGCAGCCUCGUCUUCAUGCCAGCCUGGUUCUCGCCUAUCAUGUAUAAGACCACAUCCGGUCACGUCCAGUUUGACAACUGCAACUUUGAGAAUGGACAUAUCCAGGUCCAUGGCCCGGGCACUUGCCAAGUGAAGUUUUGCACCUUCAAAAACACCCAUGUCUUUCUGCACAACGUGCCCCUGUGUGUGCUGGAAAACUGUGAAUUUGUGGGCAGCGAAAACAACUCUGUGACUGUAGAGGGUCACCCAUCAGCAGAUAAGAACUGGGCCUACAAGUACCUGCUUGGCCUUAUCAAGUCCUCUCCCAUCUUGCUCCCCACGGACGACACUGACUUUUUAAUGUCCUUAGACCUAGAGAGCCGGGACCAGGCCUGGAGCCCGAGAACCUGUGACAUCGUCAUUGAGGGCAGCCAGAGCCCCACCAGCCCAUCCUCUAGCUCUCCAAAGCCAGGUUCCAAGGCUGGCGGCUCUCAGGAGGCAGAGGUGGGCAGUGAUGGAGAAAGGGUGCCCCCAACCCCAGACAGCAGCGAUGGAGGCCUGAGUCCCAGUGGUGAAGAAGAUGAUGAGGAACAGCUCACAUACCGGCUGUCCUAUCAGGUGCAGGGCCCACGCCCAGUCCUGGGAGGCUCCUUUCUGGGCCCUCCGCUUCCAGGUGCAUCCAUUCAGCUGCCCAGCUGCCUGGUGCUGAACUCGCUGCAUCAGGAGCUGCAGAAGGACAAGGAGGCCAUGGCGCUGGCCAACUCCGUGCAGGGCUGCCUCAUCCGCAAGUGCCUCUUCCGGGAUGGAAAGGGUGGCGUCUUUGUCUGCUCCUACGGCCGAGCCAAGAUGGAAGGAAACAUCUUCCGGAACCUGACGUAUGCAGUGCGGUGUAUACAUAAUAGCAAGAUCGUCAUGCUCAGGAACGACAUUUACCGCUGCCGGGCGUCAGGCAUCUUUCUUCGUCUGGAAGGUGGUGGCUUGAUCGCUGGCAAUAACAUUUACCACAAUGCAGAGGCUGGUGUCGACAUCCGGAAGAAAUCCAACCCACUCAUUCUGUGUAACCAGAUCCACCACGGCCUUCGCUCUGGCAUUGUUGUCCUUGGCAACGGGAAAGGUGUCAUCAGAAACAACCAAAUCUUUUCAAAUAAGGAGGCUGGCAUUUAUAUCCUCUACCAUGGAAAUCCAAUCGUGAGCGGGAACCAUAUCUUCAAGGGCCGUGCAGCUGGCAUAGCAGUGAAUGAGAAUGGCAAAGGCCUCAUUACAGAAAAUGUCAUCCGUGAGAAUCAGUGGGGAGGUGUGGACAUCCGCCGAGGAGGCGUCCCCGUCCUCAGAAGCAACCUCAUUUGCUUUGGCUACUCAGACGGUGUGGUCGUGGGAGAUGAAGGCAAAGGCCUGAUAGAAGGAAACACCAUCUAUGCUAACAAGGGCUGUGGUGUGUGGAUGAUGUCAUCCAGCCUGCCCCAUGUCACCAGCAACCAUGUGAGUUACAACGGCCUGUAUGGAGUUGCGGUGUUCAACCAGAAAGAAGGUUUUGGUGAGUUCCCUGGAGGCCACGGGGCUCAGGAGAGCUUCAGUGAGGAUGGAGAUGCUAUCCUGUGGGAGACAGAGCUGGAGAAGGAGGACGACCCACUGCGCCGGCCCCUCACCAUUGCUCUUGUGGAGUCCAACAGUAUUAAUCACAAUGGAGCAUCAGGACUCUUUGUUCAGAGUAUUGAGGCACUGCAGGUCCUCACCAAUGUGAUCCAUGCCAACGGGGACAGAGGCAUCACCGUGGCCCAGAGUAUCCAGCUCACCCGCGUGGCCAACAACAGCAUCUCCUGCAACCGCCAGAGUGGGAUCAAGGUCGAUGCCCCGUGCAAGGUGGAGAUCCGGGGCAAUGGUAUCUAUGACAACAGAGGCCAUGGCAUCAUCACCAAGAGUGACGGUACUGCUGUCGUUGAAAACGACAUCAUUGGUAACCGGGGCAGCGGGCUGCAGUUGCUGCCCAGGUCUGACACUAAGGUACUAAAGAACCGGAUCCACUCGUUCCGGGCCUAUGGCAUUGCAGUCCGGGGCCGGGUCAAAGCCUUGGUACAGGAGAACACCAUCUUCCAGGGCAAGGCCAACAAAACCAUCUUCCAGCAGAUCACCAACAACCGAGAAUGUAUCAUACAGAACAAUAAGUUCCUGGUCUUCAAGAAAAAGUCUGACACAUGGCGCCUGGUGAACCCACCAGCACGGCCUAACCUUGAAAAUUCCCUCAGAGGCUCCUCUGCAGUCCAAAGUGGGCAGAAGGUAACAGCCAUGGGGACCAGAAUCUCAGCCCGUGUGGAAGGUGGUUACCAUAGCAACCGCAGUAUCUUCUGCACCAUCCUGUAAGAAGAAAGAUCUGCCUCAGGCUCAAGCCCUAAUGGGUGCUCAGAAGAGCCACAGACCCUCAGGCUGGAAGUCAUGCCUGGGAAGACUCCUGUCCCCUCCCCAAUCUUACACACCACCCCAUCUGGAAAAGCUGGUCCCAGACCUCCUGGGCACUAAGAACAAGGUACCUCUAAGACCCUUCCGCUCCAUGGCCCUCAGCAGGAAGGGAGUUGGCAACAUUUCCCUGAGAGAAAAAGGAGGGUCUCCAGUCACUCCAGGACUUGUGAAGAGCUGGGGUCAGGCUUCUUUUGAGUUACAGGGAGCCUCGCUGUACACAGACCAACCCCAGACUCUUCUCAGGAAGAGCAGGUUUACUUGCUAAGGAGGGAAGUGCUUCUGGUGAGGUGGGGGUAACUGCUGCCUUUUCCAGACCCAUCCCUCCCUGCACUAGUUUCCCAGCUGCCUCUUGGGAACUAGUUUUUGUAUUUACUUUAAGGACAGUUCUCUCAGACUUGGACAUGGCUAUGUGAAAGAGGAAGAGGCUUGAGACAUGGAGCCCCUCCUGAAAGGCUGCCCCAGGAAUGUCAGAGGGACGUGUUACAAGUAAAGGGCCAUGAGGCAGGUAGCUGUCUUCAGGUUUGCAAGCAGGUGCUGGACUGGACAGCGCAGGGUUGCGCAAACAUCCAGUCCUCAAGGAGUUCCCAAACUCAGACCUUAGCUCAGUGCCUGCCACAGUCUUUAUUCUUUGUAAGCACACCCUCCCCAGCUGCUCCUCUCAGCCCCAGCCUGUCCGAAUAGAGGUACCUGGGUCCUCGACGUGUCCAUGUUGUCAUGGACGAUCAGUUGCCUUUGCCAAUCCUAAUGUUCUCUACUCUGUGCCUUGGCUUGAGCUUAUACCUCCCCCUGGCAUGCCUUCCCCGUCAUUGCCACACUCAGACCCCUCUUACUCCGAAGGGUUAGCUCAGACACUGCCAUCUCCCCCAUUCUCACCUUGUUCCACAAGACAAGUUUAGCCCCUUCUGAGCCUCAACCUCCCCCCUGCCUCUGUUCCCUCUCAGGGCACUGAGCACUUUCUGCCUUGUUUUGGAACUUUCUGGAUCCAUGACUGCUCCACCCACUUGCCUGUGAACUCUAGAAGGUAGACCCACAUCUGUCUUGUGUCCCUAGGUCCCGGCCCUGAGCUAGGGUAGGGUUAGUGGCCUAAGUGAAGGCCAGCUCCCAAAGGGCUUUACUAAAUUGUACUGUGAAUGUGUCAAGCUUUGAGAGCCAGGUGGGCUCAGACCCCACUGAGAAAGGGGCGGGAUGGAGAACCAGUGAACCUCAAUGGCCCCUUCCCACUUGGCCUUUAAUGCAGGGCCUUCACCAGCCUUUGUUGGGGGGGGGGGGAUCACUAUCCUACACAGGGCCAGAGGACUUCCAAAGCUGGUCUGUCUGGCCCUAGGUGCUGCUCUGGUGGU